AUGCGGUUAAACAUUGAUCUUUUAAAUAAUGCAUCAUCCUAUAUUAAUCCUGCAAAAGAGAGAGAAUUGGAUUUACGAGGUCAUAAGAUUCCAGUAAUUGAGAACUUAGGUGUUACAAAGGAUCAAAAUGAUGCUAUUGACUUCACUGAUAAUGAUAUACGGCACCUUGGUAAUUUUCCUAAGCUUCUUAGAGUCCGGACGCUUCUUUUAUCUCGCAAUAGAAUUUCUUCUAUUUCUUCACAACUGGCGUUAACUCUUCCAAAUCUUAGGACACUUAUUUUGACUUCAAAUGCUAUAUCUGAACUUUCAGAUAUUAAUUGUCUUUCUGGUCUCAAGAAGCUUACAAUUUUAAGUCUUAUGGAUAAUCCUGUAUCUCGAAAAGAACAUUAUCGGUUAUGGGUGAUAUGGCAGUGUCCUUCUCUUCGUAUUCUUGAUUUUUGCAAAGUCCGUCAAUCUGAGCAUGAAACAGCAAAAUUGCUUUUUGGUGUAUCUAUAGAUGAACCUACAACAUUAGCUGCUUCUAUUUUAGGUGUUAAAUCUCAUACGUUUGAUGUUAAUGAAUCAAUGAAUGAAGAUAAAGAGAUUCAUUUUAAGCUGACUGAUGAUGAAAAAAAGCGUAUUCAGGAUGCGAUUCGGAAUGCAACAUCAAUGAGCGAAGUUGCAAAACUAGAAGCUAUGCUUAAUGAAGGUUGGAUACCAUCUAAAUAA